UGGGGGUGCGCGGCGGUGCGACGUCAACGCAGCCCUGUGAGCUCCCCCGACCCGUCUCUGCGACCCGGCGACGGCGGAGUCCUCGGAGGGCCGUGCCCGGGCGGGUUGCUGAGCACUCCUGCGGCCGCCAUGGACAACUCCGGGAAGGAGGCGGAGGCGAUGGCGCUGCUGGCCGAGGCGGAGCGCAAAGUGAAGAACUCGCAGUCCUUCUUCUCGGGCCUCUUCGGGGGCUCGUCCAAAGUAGAGGAAGCAUGCGAAAUCUACGCCAGAGCAGCAAACAUGUUCAAAAUGGCCAAAAACUGGAGUGCUGCCGGAAAUGCUUUCUGCCAGGCGGCCCAGCUGCACCUGCAGCUCCAGAGCAAGCACGACGCGGCCACCUGCUUCGUGGACGCAGGCAACGCCUUCAAGAAAGCCGACCCCCAAGAGGCCAUUAACUGUUUGAUGAGAGCAAUCGAGAUCUACACAGACAUGGGCCGCUUCACGAUCGCGGCCAAGCACCACAUCUCCAUUGCUGAGAUCUACGAGACGGAGCUGGUGGACAUCGAGAAGGCCAUCGCCCACUACGAGCAGUCUGCAGACUACUACAAAGGCGAGGAGUCCAACAGCUCGGCCAACAAGUGUCUGCUGAAGGUGGCUGGUUACGCCGCACAGCUGGAGCAGUAUCAGAAGGCCAUCGACAUCUACGAACAGGUGGGGACCACCGCCAUGGAUAGCCCCCUCCUCAAGUACAGCGCCAAGGACUACUUCUUCAAGGCGGCCCUCUGCCACUUCUGCAUCGACAUGCUCAAUGCCAAGCUGGCUGUCCAGAAGUAUGAGGAGCUGUUCCCUGCCUUCUCCGACUCCCGGGAGUGCAGGCUGGUGAAAAAACUGUUAGACGCCCAUGAGGAGCAGAACGUGGACAGCUACACCGAGACGGUGAAGGAAUAUGACUCCAUCUCCCGGCUGGACCAGUGGCUCACCACCAUGCUGCUCCGCAUCAAGAAGACCAUCCAGGGCGACGAGGAGGACCUGCGCUAAGCCCCCUGCCCCCUGGCGCUCUUCCUGCCCCGUCAGCUGUCCCCGGUGGCCCUCCAGCGAGGAUCACGGCGUGAGCCCAGAGAGAGGUGGAGCCUGAGACCCUGGCUGCGGAGCCCUUCCCUCCCUCCCCACCGAGGAGCCUCGCUGGCCACUGCGGGCUCAGCGCUGCUUCGGGGCCCUGAGGCCGGGCUCGCUGGCCAGACGGUCACCCUCUGUUCUCGCUGCAUCCCUCGCCCCCCGCCCAUUUAUUUAAGCCCCCAAAGGUGCCCUUCUUCACCCCAAAGCAGAAUCUUUGACACAGAUCUAUUUGCUGAAGGUGCUGUGGGGGUUGGGGGUCAGCACCCGACCGCCGUCUCCCGAGCAACUGAGUUGGGAGGUUGGUUUCCGUCUCCCCCACUUUGUCCCCCAGCCGAGGCUUGAGCACACGUAGCCACCGAGAUGUGCUCUCAGCGCUGGGGGUGGGCUCCUUCCCCCCAGCCUCCUGCAGCCCCAAGCUCUCAGGAGAGACCCCAGGCCCUGGAGGGCAGAGGAUCGGCCCGCACCCACCCCUCCGUCUGCUCCUUUCCCUAGUGCUUUGAGGUUUUGUGAGUUGGAAGGUGCAGCUGGCUCAAGAAAGGAAAUAAAAGACACCACUUUUGCAUGA